CCCCUUCUCCUGCCCCGCUCGCAGACGGAGAAGUCCCUGACCAACCUGAGCAGCAUGCUGGACAAGAAGGCCGUGGGGACCCCGGUCACCCCUCCCAGCUCCAGCUUCGCGCCGGGCUUCCUGCGGCGGCACUCGACCAGCAACCUGCCGGCUCUGGCCGGCGGCUCCAAGUUCCCCAGCCCCACCGGCUCCAGCUCUUCCUCCUCCUCCUCCUCCUCUUCCUCCUCCUCGUUCGGCAGCCUGAAGGAGACGGGCUCCGGCGGCGGAGGCGGCGGCGGCAGCAGCAGCCCCACGGCCCUGCUCAACAAGGAGAACAAGUUCCGGGACCGCUCCUUCAGCGAGAACGGCGAGCGCAGCCAGCACCUCAUGCAGCAGCUCCAGCAGCAGCAGCAGCAGAAGGGGGGCGGCUCCGGCGGCGGCGGGGGGGCCCCCAUCAACUCGACGCGCUACAAGACGGAGCUGUGCCGCCCCUUCGAGGAGAGCGGCGCCUGCAAGUACGGCGAGAAGUGCCAGUUCGCGCACGGCUUCCACGAGCUGCGCAGCCUCACCCGCCACCCCAAGUACAAGACCGAGCUGUGCCGCACCUUCCACACCAUCGGCUUCUGCCCCUACGGCCCCCGCUGCCACUUCAUCCACAACGCCGACGAGCGCCGCCCGGCGCCCGGCGGGGGCACGGCCGCCGCGCCCCCCGCCUCGGCCGCCCCCCCGCACCACCACCACCACCACCACCAGCACGCCCCGCACCCCGCCGGCAGCACCGGCGACCUCCGCGCCUUCGCCCCCCGCGACCACCCCCUGGGAGGAGGAGGAGGCGGCGGCGGCGGCUUCGGGCACCCCCGCGGCGGCGGGGGCAGCGAGCGGCCCAAGCUGCACCACAGCCUGAGCUUCUCCGGCUUCUCCGCCCAUCACCACCACCAUCACCACCCGCACGCCGCCGCCCCGCCGCCCCCGCCGCCCCCCGGCGGCCGCCUGGACGCCGCCGCGCUGCUGGAGAGCCCCGGCGGGUCGCGCACGCCGCCGCCGCCCGCCUCGGCCUCGUCGUACUGCGAGGAGCUGCUCUCGCCGCCCUGCGCCAACAACGCCUUCGCCUUCUCGGGCCAGGAGCUGGGCAGCCUCAUCGCGCCCCUCGCCCUGCACACCCCCAGCUUCGCCGCCGCCGCCGCCGCGGCAGCCGCCGCCGCCGCCUAUUACCGCUGCCAGCAGCAGCAGCAGCAGCCCCCGCCGCCGCCGCCCCCCGGGGGGGGCUGCCCGCCGCCCCCCGCCUCGCCGCCCUUCAGCUUCCAGCCCCUGCGCCGCCUCUCCGAGUCGCCCGUCUUCGACGCGCCGCCCAGCCCGCCGGACUCGCUGUCGGACCGCGAGAGCUACCUGAGCGGCUCCCUCAGCUCCGGCUCCCUCAGCGGCUCCGAGUCGCCCAGCCUGGACUCGGGCCGCCGCCUGCCCAUCUUCAGCCGCCUCUCCAUCUCCGACGACUAGGCCUGCCGGCGGCUGCCGCUGCUGCUCCCGCUGCGCCCCCCGCCGCCGCCCCCGGGCCGGCCCCGCGCCCCCCCGCAGCUGCGAGCGCAAGUAAGUCACAGGGCGAAGAGAGAGAGAGAGAGAGAGAACCCUUCUCUUGUUUGUUU